AUGCUAGUGAUUGAUUCGGAUAGUGCAGUGGUGUUUAUCGGUCAUGAAUCUUUCGCACUUGACAAGCCGUUGCCGAACAAUCACAGAUUUCGAUGGAUUCUUUUCGUGCGUCCCAUUGUUGGGAACAAAUUCACAGAUAGAAGCUUUCUCAGCAAGGUGGAGGUUGAGCUGCAUCCCACCUUCACGAAUCCAUACCGUGUGCUAAAAGAGCCACCAUUUGAAUUGGAAGAGACUGGCUAUGCAUCGUUCACCCCAAAGCUCACAAUUUACUUCAAUACUCCUCAUGCAAAGCCAUAUCCGGUGCAGUAUGAUAUGAAUCUCAAGCUUGAAGCACAUGCAUUUCAUCAGCAAGAGCUUACGUUUGCUAUGUCGGACGUUCCUGCUUCGUUUUUGGAGUUGGUUAAACGAUUUUGCGGUUCUACUGAUGGGAAAAGGAAGAAGCGAGAUGUUGAUGGGUCAUCAAAUAAGCCUAAAAAGUCUAAACCUAAUGAAGGAAGGAGUCAUGACGUACCUAUGAAAGAGGUUAAGGAAGAGAAGAAGAAGGAGAAGAGCCGUGAAGGCGAGAAGAGUAAAGAAAAGAAGCAUAAACGAUCAUCUAAAGAUUCCAGUGAUAGCACUGAUCGUGAAUUAGUACCAAUACGAGACUCAUCCCCAAGCCCAUCGCCUAUGGAUACCUCAUCAGUCCAACGUAGUACGGCAAUCACGCCUCAAAGGCCAGUGAAGGUGGCUCCAACAAAAACCGAAGAUCGGGGACAGGACAGCUCAAGCGAUUCGUCGUCGUUGUCCGAAUCAUCUCCAUCUUCAUCAUCCUCGGUCGGGGCAUCUAGUCCACCGUCUCGUACACGAACACUUCCACUUACUGAACUACACCGUCGGCUCACGUCACUUACGGAUGAAAACGUUAUAUUUCGGGUAGCUGAGAUUCUACUUACACAUCCUACAGCAUCGACAAUGUUGCUACCAUCGAGGCCAAGUAUCUCGUUCGAUCUCACAUCAGCUGACGCGGCUCUUGUCGCUAAGCUAAGCCAUGCACUCAUGAGCUGA